CAAAUUCAAGAAACAGCAGUGGCGACGACAAGUACAGUGCGCGGUUUUUAUGCGAGAUAAGCUGGAUCUCUACGUGAAUCAAAGAGAACCGCAGAAGUUCGCAGAUAUGAUCGAGAACGAGGCACGGACCGAACUGGUAACCGCAAGUUUCGGGAAAGAGAUGCUGCAAGUUUUAGGUAAAUGGAGGAAAUAUUUUUACCCUGCUUUUUUGAGGGUUUAAAUGUGCAUUCCUAGUGUUCACAAACGCUUUUUUCUGCCUGCGGUCAGUACGCAGCUACACCAACCUCUCUCUCUACAUUAACAGCUACAAUAACAACUCUACAACGUGAAUCGUUUGAUGUCAUUCGCAUUCAAAUCUCAAACAUCUACAACUAAAGGUGAACUCUACAUUAAUCGCGCGAUGUUAUUUUUGUGCGACGAAGUGAAGAGCCGGUUCGGAGCUGAGUCAUUGCUCGCCUCACGCGCAGCUUUUCCUAUGACAGUGACGGACUGAGAUUGAGAAGUGCAUUUGAUUGUCGAAAGUAAACGACAACACACACAACUUGAAACUUACUUCUGCACUGAAAUUCUACUUCAAGAAGUCAUUCUCCAAAAUUAUUCAUACUGUUUCUCGUUGCACAAAACUGCUCUAAUUCUCAAAGAAAGUGGGCGAAUCGUGCAAACAUCGCUAGUACCGGCUACCACGCGCUGAAGCAAGUCCGAAAAGCAGAAAAAACAAUGCGCAAAGUAGAGAAAGCACAAGCAGACGAGAGCAAAACCGAGCAAGAACGUCAUGAAUUCGCAGCCCGUGCAACCGGAGACCUCGAACAGCAGGCCCUUCCUGCUUUUCUGCGUCUUGCAUGGGCGAUUUGUGUGAAAGAUUUAGAAGACACUGUGAAAAACGUGGUGCGGUUUUUGCUGAAAGACGCCUCCGUUCCAUGGAUUCUACGGAUACGAAGAGCACAAGCCCUAUUGCUCCUUGGCGAAGUCUUCUUCGAAGUCGGCAGCAAAUGUGGCGAGAAAACGUCGGUUGGACGGGAGUUGAUUUUAAGGCUUUUGUCCUCAACGCCUUGAAUGCUCAUUGAUGGAGUCUAGUCAUGUAAAAUAUAUCCGGCGGACAUCUGAUUUUUCGAACUACUAACUUGGACAAUAAACGAUCAGGGACCACGACGGACAACUUAUUUCCUUAUAUAGAUGCUUUUGUUGGUUGCUGUAGAGCAAAAAGAGCAAUAGCUAGCCUGCAGACCACGUAGUUUCUUCUAGAUGUGCAAGCGUUUGCUUGUCUAGAUUGCAAAAAACUUAAAACGAUCUCUAACAUCCGAAACUGCGAUGAUUGGCGUUCUCACCAAGGAAAGCGCGAAACAGACGGAGCAGGACCAAGGAGGGCCGACUUAUCAUGGUGAUUAGCAAUUUGGAGGAGAAUACUGAUGGUAUUUCUUUGACCUUUUUAAAUCUGAUCAAACUUGUUUCAUGCCGCUACUUAUACUCAAGUUUAUCAACAUAAGUACCUCUCACUCUAUCAUAGGUACAGUUUAAGUUUUCUUUUCCUAAGUAUUUCCGCAUUGGAAAAACACUGCAGAUGUACUAUUUUCUUGUAACUCAUGUUUAUUCCACCUCACGGAAGACGAACAAGUUGUUCAUGAAUCAGAAUCAUUCAAGAGACUGUGAAAUACAACGACGUUCAGUCGCGUUUAUUGUCUAAUCAUUAAACUAGACAACAACCAUGCUGCUCAUGGUCAUUCAACAAAACAGUUUUACUUCCAUCUACUGCAACAUGAAGACCAUGAAGACAAGGAAAAUGAAAAAUGGAAAUCAAACUAUAACCGGAUGGUUAUACACCAAUUCUCUCGAACUCUUACUCUUUUACAACACGAACAAGUUGAACAAGUACACGGUCGUGGGAACCCUUCCAAUCGUCCAACCCCAAGUACACAGAGCCAGAAAAUGUUUCGUUCUCUUGCUAUCAUUCUGGAUUACAUGCGCUCAUUACUAGUACACUCCUGAGUGUGACACGACAUGAUAUCAGCAAGAAUGAAAAUACAACCCCAUGAGAACAACGUAACAACUUCUCUCCACUGGCUUGUCGUGGUGUCUCCAGACCUCUCAGAGAGCCAUCCUUUUCCUCUCAGAGUCUGAUUUUCAAGCAUAUCUUGCAAACUGCACGUGAAUUUAAAUCCGAAUCGACAUUCUAUCUGUGAAGAAGCAGCGCGGCAGAAGAUUUUGUCAAUUUGAGCACGGGCCGUGACUAAUAGACAGC